UUUGUUUUUUCCCACCACAUAAAAGUAUUGAUGAAAUACUUCUUUUAUUAAGGAAGAAAGAUUAGAUUUAGUUACGUGUUAAUGCAUUGCAUUAUUUCAUAACAACUUUACAUAAAAACACGAAUGUCUUGGAAAUAACGGCGAAAAUCAACGUGACACAUAUUAUUGUAGAAAUAAGUGAUGGAGAAGUGCACAGAAGGAAGAGAAUGAAGUUCCUGAGUGUCAGAGAGGAUGGCGUUGAGGAUUGUUAAGAUCAGAUGGACAAAAGAGGAAAAUCGAGAAAUGAAUGACGUGGAGACGUGGAUCAGUAUCAAAAAUCUGAUCAUUGGAAGAAACAUUUCGUGAAGGAAAACUGAGGAAAAAUCGUAUAGUUCCCGACAACAACCCAAGCAAACAAACAAAUUGUUACAAAACAAACACCAAGAACUUGAUCACAUUUCUUUAAAAUAUGUGUUGCAUGCCAUCUUCCUGAAAAGAGUUUCGACUACAAAGGUAGCCCUUAUAUCCACAAGAGAAUGGAGACCGAAGAGAAGACUUUCACUUGCCCUCAGUGUGGAAAGUGUUUUGUCAGUAAAGAAAUCUUAAAUGUUCACAUAAAAAGUCACGCUGAAGAGAAACCUUUCACAUGCCAGGAGUGCGGGAGUAGUUUUAGAUUUAAAGAACACCUUGAGAUUCACCAAAGAUUUCACGACGAAGAGAAGCCUUUCAAAUGUCUUCAUUGCGCCAAGCGUUUCACAUACAAAGAGAAUCUUGAGAAUCAUGUAAGAGUUCACACUGGAGAGAAACCUUUCACUUGCCCUCAGUGUGAGAAGAGUUUCGCAUUUAAAGGAAACCUUAAGAUUCACCUGAGACUUCACACCGGAGAGAAGCCCUUCACGUGCCCUCAGUGUGGAAAGAAAUUCAAAUAUCCGAGAGACCUAAAAAGUCACUUGAAAAUUCAUUCUGGAGAGUAUGUGUUUGCAUGUUGUGUUUGCGAGAAAGGCUUUGCAGAAAAGAGAACUUUAAGAUACCAUCAGCGCAUGCACUCUAAAGAAAAACAACCUAUUUGGGGUGAAGACGCCACAGUCUGUUCGUGUUCUUUGUGUGGAGAGCGUUUAGUUAAGAAGAACCUAGAAGCACAUAGCAGCUUUGAGUGUGCAGAGGUCUUUUCUGAGGCCGAUGACUGGACACAGAACGGCACUGAAGAUAAAUCUGACAGGGGCUCGGAUCGUGAGAAUAAUGUCCCUGCUUCAGAAAUCCUGAAAGCGCAAGAGUGUGCGCAAACCGUAGAAAAGAUGUACCCCUGCCCGUCAUGCGGGAUGAAUUUCAGCACAUGUAUUUAUUUGCUGGCUCACGUGAAAAGGCGUUGUCCGGAGUUGUCACAGUGAAGAAAGUUGAUCUUCAGGGGCCCAAGUAUCGCUGUUUAAAUCAUUGUGUGUGUCGUUGAAUGUUGUACAUUAAUGUCUUUAUGUUUAAAACAAAGACCACUAAUGUAUAAUGUGCUGGUUGUAUAUUUUAAAAUACAAAAUAUCGUGUUCGUUUACCUUUUUACAAAGUACAUACUGUGUUUUCUUUUACCUAAAUCUGUUGAAAGGAUUUUUAACUGUAGUCAGGGCUCAAUAUAAAAAAACGAUUUACCCAGAAAUGAUAUAAAUCAAUUUUUUUCAAUAAAAAUGAUUAGAAUUUGGAUAUUAGGAUAUUGACGCCGUUUACAAUAAAGUGACAUGUUAUCAUUCGAUGCAAAAAGUGUCACCAACUCAUGCAAACAGAAAUGGUGCCAACAGAGCAUGAUUUGAGUUUAUAUUUGUAAUGUUUUGAUUGAUUUGUUGUGUUGGACACAUUAUAGUUAAACAUUGUUAGUUUCUAAAUUUUUUUAUUCGGGUGAGAUUGUGAUCAAUAUGGUCUGUAAAAAUCCAGUUUAGUUUUUGCUUGGUUAAUGAAACUGCAAUAUUAUGGUAUUAUGUUUCAGGAAUCCAUUUUCAGUCUACCAAUUUUCAAAUCAAUUUUAAAUCAUGAAAAAUGCACACUGCACUUUCUGGCAUCAGGACAAAAGAAGAAAUAUCUCUUCUUUAUUUGCUGUUUAUAAUUUUAUAAAAACAGCAUAUACAGACUACUGGAACAAUAAAUAUUCAGACUUUCAUGGAAAAUGUACCGAACACAGCUUGUGCCGAUGUAAUUCUUGUAACCCAAAUUCAUUUUGUAUAUUCCAAGCACUUUUCAAACCAACACGUGUGACUUUUAAACAUAAAACACUUUUAUGAUUCAAUGUAAAUAUGAGAAUCUUGACAGGUUUUCUGCCAGACGGACACUUUAAACAACUUCCCUUUCCUCCUUUCAAGGGAGGAAUCAAGCGGUGGUUACAUGCUUUGUUUAGUAAAUAAAUACGACUGAGCU